AUGAGUAGGAACUCUUCGCGCAGCUCCAGCCUCGGGGAUGUUGUACCGGGGUCUGCACCAGAAGCACCCGCGCCUCAUCGUAAGGAGCAGAUGCAGAGCCGGAAUGCUUUUACCGAACUUAUGGCCCCCAAACCCCAGCUGCCACUAGAACCAAUAUCCUCCUCACACAAGCUCUCAAUCAACUUCAAAAACCGCGAUGAUCUAGGUCCCUACAUCGUAAAUCCUUCGUCCUAUUCCCCAUCCAUCGUCCUGUACUAUAAUGACGAAUUCGUCGCUGUGCGCGACCGCUACCCAAAAUCCUCUCUCCACCUCCUUCUCCUCCCCCGCGAACCAACAAAGGCACGCCUGCACCCUUUCGACGCUUUCGAUGACCCAGAAUUCCUUCGAAAGGUUCAAAAGGAGACGAAGAGGUUAAAGCGCCUGGCAGCUGCGGAAUUACGGAGAAUGCACAGCUCCACCUCCACACAGGAAAUCGCGCGCCAGAAAGCUAUGGAUGCGGAUCCGCCGCCCGACGAGUUGCCGGCCGGUCGCGACUGGGAGAAGGAAAUAAUGUGCGGCAUCCAUGCACACCCUUCUAUGGCUCACUUGCAUAUACACGUCCUUUCUGUAGACAGGUUUAGCCCGUGCCUCAGGCAUCGGAAACAUUAUAAUAGUUUUUCAACGCCGUUUUUCAUCGAUGUUGAGGAUUUUCCGUUGGCAAAGGAUGAUGCACGGAGACAUCCAGGGAGAGAAGGAUACCUGAAGCGGGAUCUUGAGUGCUGGAGAUGCGGGAAGAUGUUCGGGAACAAAUUUCAGCGAUUGAAGGCACAUUUGGAGGAGGAGUUUCUAGCUUGGAGGACACUUUGA